CGGAAUCAAAAUUAAUAGAUCUGACUACGCUUACGGAUCAAUGUCUACCUCCAAGUACCACGGUUUGAUCAAUCAAGGAUCAACAUGUUACCUGAACAGCGUGCUGCAGGUGCUUUUCAUGACCAAAGAGUUCAGAGAGGCUGUAGAAAGGUAUCCCUGUGACUCAAAGUCUCUGGAUUUCCAUCUUAAGGAUCUCUUUAAUGAGUUGAAGAGUGAUACAGCAUCUACAACCAAACUCACUGACGUGUUAGGCAUCAGCAAAGAUUUUUUGCAGAGUGAUGCUGCAGAGUGGUUUGAAAACAUUCUGAGCAAAAUGUCAAAUCCUGAUGCAACAGAGUUAUUCCAGGGAAUACAGACAACUAAAAACAAAUGCACCGAUUGUUCAAUAGAAACCAAAACUGAAGAUCCAUUUUGGAGUUUACCUCUUGAAAUGAAAGAUAGUUUUGACAACUAUGAUGUGUUAAAUGGUUUUGAAAACUACUUCAAUGAGUCCAAACUCAGUGGAGAAAACCAAUUGUACUGUGAAAAGUGUUCCACCAAAUCAGAUACUACAAUGAAAGUAGAAAUGAAGCAUCACCCUGAAGUUUUGACUCUGCUGUUGAAGAGAUUCAAGUUCAAUUACUUCUUUAUGAAACACGUGAAAGUCAAUCGCAGAGUAAAGAUUCCAGAGUACUUACAGAUACCACCCUAUGGAGAAAUGAGUCCUACUUAUCAGCUGUAUGCAUAUGUGGAACAUUCUGGUGAGCUGAAAAACGGGCAUUAUAUUGUUAAUAUAAAAGACCAGAAUGGUGAAUGGUACAUGUUCAACGAUUGUAGAGUUUUUAAGACAUACUGCCAGCCAUUUAGUUGUAAAAACCAUGAAAUGAGCUUUGAAGCUUACCUGUUGUUCUACAGGAAGAUAUCUCCCACUGUUGCAGACAACAACGGCACAUCUACAUCUGGAUGUUCCAAAUCAUAUAUCGAUAAAGAGCCCAAAGAAGGGCAGGAGGGUAAAGAGGAUCAUUUUGUGACGAACAGUGACAAACCUACUGAAGACAGAAAACUAGUGGAAAUAGAUACUAGUAAGAGUAAUGUAGAAAUGGGAAACAAACAGAUACAAAGUGACAGAAGAAGCACUAAAGAUAAUGACAAACACAACAAACAGGAUCAGGAUUUGGACAAGAAACAAUAUGCUAGGGCCAAACUAAAUGAAAGUCUUCCUACAGGUUUACAUAAUGAAAAUUCUGUAGUUUCUAAGUCAGAUACCACAAAAGGAAACAUGAAAGAAAGACAGGAACAAAACAAGGCAGCAGCUCGGGCAGAGUGCAGUGGAGUCAAAGAGGAAGGGGAAAUAAAUGAAAAGAAAAACAAUAAAAUGGACAAACAAGCCAAGGAUCAAGAAAGGAUUCCAUGUGAUAAACGGUAUACUAAAUAUGAUCUAGUGAAACCUUUAGUUGGCGUUCACAACAAUCCAUCAAAGCUUCAUUCAGACAGGAAAGAAGACAGGAAAGAAUUAAACAUGACUCCUCAAGAUUGUGUUGAUGUCUGCAAUAGAGCAGAAGUGAACAGGAGCAAUAAACAAGCUCAGAGCAAUAGAAGCGAGGAUGACUGUGAAAGUCUGAAAAACCUUGUUGACAACAACGAACGACCAGGACGACAUGAUCUUCAGAGAACUGAAAUGGAAGUUAUUUUAAAUAAACCAGCAGAAAAUCACAAGCCUCCACAAAAACGAAAAAAUAGUCAUUCACCAGAAAUUGAUCAACAUGUUGAGAUUCGGGGAGAAUCCUAUAAAAUAUGUGAGAUAAUGAUAAACGGUAAAAAUGAAAAAUACAUACUACUUAAAGAAAUCUGUCAGGCAAGCAGAGAAGAUAAUGGCAUACUGGAUAAAUGUUAUAAAGCAGACUGUGAAAUAUACAAACUAUUUUUUGAUCACAUACAUGUUUCAGAGGAACCGUGCACAACGCCGCCUGGGUCCAAAAGAAAAGUUACAAAAAUGCAAACAGGAGUACCAUCAGAAAGUUACAGAGGUGGGAGUGAAAAGAGUCAGGAAACAAGGCCAGUAAAUCAACCUGGACAAAUAAUUUCUGCCCCUUCAUGUCCUCCUGAUCAAAAUCAAAUGGCCAUCAGAAUUCAUAGUACUGCAAAUAAGCCAUUUGAGAACAAAGAUGCUGGUUUAGAAUACAAUUCCCUCACCAGCCAAUGGUCCAGGGACACAACACGCUCCUUAGAGGUUGGUGGGGGAGCAGGUGGUGACCUCCAGCAGCCAUUGGGCCCACAAUGUCCUGGUAGCAGUGAAGGAUUAGCAUCUCAUUUUCAAGGUUUGACGCUGAAUCAUUCAUCAGAUCCAAACAAAACCGGUCACCAAAGAGUUCGUACAAAAAGUGGAACUUUCACUGGGAACCAGCAAUUCACUGACUCAGAUGACAGAAAAAAUGCAAUUUCCCAAUCUGACACACAACCACAUGUAAAAACGGAUGAAACGGAGAAAAGUAGUAAAGAUGUGUGUUCCAACCUAUUCAGACCGUUCUAUAACUGAAGAGUUAAGCAUUAGAAUGAAGCAAAAACCCAAAUGUCAACAGGAGUAUUUCUUUCAUUUUGAAGAUGUGUGAAUCUUCUCUUUCUGGAUAAACAUGUUGUAGUAAACUAAAAUAGUUUUUGAA